AUGGGUGGCGGUCCGUCGAAAGAAGAUUUAUUGAGAGGAGAACAAGCUCGGAUCAAUCGAGAGUACCCCGUAUCUUUGAAGUUUCCUGGAUUUUGGGACAAUGAAUCAGCCUUUUUACGAGAAAAGCUGCUCAACUCGGAAAUUGCGUCUAAUGUACCAGCCGGGGCGGAGAAGCUUGUCCAGACUGCUACAGGACUCAGUUAUGGCGGUACUGUCCUCAAGGCGAUGAUGAAACUUGUCUGCGAAUCGACGGAAUCCAUCAAGCGGGCCUUGCUGAUGUUGGAGAUACGGGAGGCCAUUGCUCAAUCUGCGCACUCCCAAGUCAAAGCGAAAAUGGAAGUUGUAAAGGCGAAGUUAGAGUCAGCUCAGAACGAAAAGGAUAUGGCAAGUAAGGAGAAUAAGCUCGACUCUGCGAAUACUGCCUGUUACGAACUCCUUAUGCUGUUUAAAGACGAAGACUUCUACCUGUUCAAAAAACCACUGGCAUUCGCUCCAUUUUUCGUAUCGUUCGUGUCUAUCUAUGUGGUUGUACUCAAGGCUCAUUACCUCAUAACGAAGUCAUCACAGCGAAAGACUGACGCUACAAGAGUCUUGAUAAUGCUCAAAGAGGUCAUCACAAGAUAUCAGAAAAAAACAUCGAAAGCAAGAAGAAACUAUGUUUAUAUGACAGCCGUGCCUUUUUCUGAGGGAGAAAUUGUCGUAGUGGACGGAUUCACGAAAUACGAGCUGUAUAUCCAAGGCAAUCAUUUUUUGAUCCCUCAUAUUGUCUCGGAAAUUAAGGAGUGGUACCAAAAGGAACUUGAAGAUACCUACAGCAACUACUUCGACGAGUCUUUGCAAAUGGUGGACAAGGUUCUGAAGAGUCUCUAA